AUGGGAAGAGCACUGACUAAUGUAGAAGUUGCGGGUCGGCUUAUUAAAUGGGUCACAGAGUUGGGAGAAUAUGACAUACAGUAUCAGCCACGUACAGCUAUUAAAGCACAAGCCUUGGCAGAUUUCUUAACAGAGGUACAUCAAACCAGCUCUGAAGAAACAUGGAAAAUCUAUGUAGAUGGGUCGGUUAAUCAUCAAGGAAGCGGAGUCGGGGUCCUAGUAAUAUCUCCGCAAGGAGAUAUACUCCAGGUGGCAGUACGGUUGAAUUUUCGGGCCACUAAUAAUGAAGCAGAGUAUGAGGCUUUGUUGGCUGGGUUGCAAGCAGCCUGGCAUGUUGGAGUAGCCCGGGUCAUCAUCUAUUCAGAUUCUCAGUUAGUGACUCAGCAGAUUACUGACAACUUUGCUAUAAAUUGUGAUAAAUUGAAAAUGUAUCGGGAAGCUUAUGAAAAGAUGAAGGUAGAAUUUGCAGAAGUCAGCGUAAUAAAGAUACCCAGGUCGGAGAAUGAGCGAGCGGACGAACUAGCAAAGAUGGCCAGUUCCUUAACUACUUGGGUAUUGGAUCGGUCAACAGCACAAACCUUCCUGAUAGCCCAGAUAGAUUUUCAAAACAAUGCGGGGGCAACUAUUGACUGGCGGGCACCCGUGAUAAGUUAUCUCAGGCAAGGGGUCUUACCUACAGAUCCAGAAGAGUCUCGAUUAAUAAGAAGGCAGGCCCAUGCUUAUGUCAUGAUUGGGGACCAGCUAUACAAAAGAUCCUUCUCUCGACCUUUACUUAAAUGCUUGAGCAUGGAGGAAGCCGACCAGGCCUUGCGGGAAAUACAUUUAGGAUGUUGUGGCAAUCAUGUAGGAGGUCGGAUGUUAUCUCGCAAGGUGCUCCUGGCUAGAUAUUUUUGGCCUACUUUGCAAAGGGAUGCUCAGAGGUUGGUGAACACCUGCUUGUCCUACCAAAAACAUCAGAACUUGACACAUCGACCUAUAGCUCUGUUGAGAACGUCCGUCGUGUCAUGCCCUUUUGAUCAAUGGGGCAUAGAUAUCGUAGGAUCAUUUCCAAUGGCACCCGGUCAAAGGCGUUUCCUAUUGGUGGCUGUGGAUUAUUUUUCCAAGUGGGUGGAAGCAGAAGCCUUGGCCUGGAUUACAGAGGAUGCGGUUAUUCAAUUCUUGUGGAAGAACAUCCUCUGCCAAUUUGGUAUUCCUCAUAAGCUGGUGUCUGACAAUGGAAGACAGUUUCAGGGACAUAGAAUCCAAGCCUGGUGUAAGGGAUUUGAUAUAACGCAAGUGUUCACUUCAGUGGCCUAUCCUCAAAGAAAUGGUCAGACUGAAGUAAUUAACAGAGAAAUAGUACGAGGUCUGAAGGUUAAGCUGGAUCAUGUAGGAGGCAAUUGGGUGGAAGAGCUACCAAGCAUUCUAUGGGCUUAUCGUACAACACCUCGGGAAAGCACAGGUCUGACGCCAUUUCACCUGGUUUAUGGUAACGAGGCAGUAGUACCCAUAGAGAUUGGUGUACCGUCAGUUAGAAGGAUACUCUAUGAUGAAGGAAAUACGGAGCGCCGGCUAGCGGAGCUGGAUUUUAUUAGCGAAACCCGAGAUCGAACAAUGGCUCGGCUAGAGGCUUAUCGGCAAAGAAUGAGACAAAAUUACAACCGAAGGGUAGUUCCCCGAUUCUUUGGGGAAGGAGAUCUGGUCUGA